AUGAUCUGUGCCAAGCAAGUCUUUCGUUGCUUCAAAUGGAUCGAGCGUGCCGGCGACAGGUUGACUGGGGCGGCGGGACCUGUGUUUGUCGCUCUGGCAGUGGUCCUGCUCUCCGUUGGCGCGGCAUGCUUCUUCGAGGUCAUUCUCCCGUCCUUGCGCUGGCCAUGGCUUACGGCGCCGCUCUGUCUGCUCGUCGUCUUGAACCUGUUCACGCACUAUUACUACGUAUGCACCGUCCUUCCGGGCUUCGUCACGGACCCUCCGCCCCAUCACGGCUCAGGCUGGCUCUGGGCUCAGCCGCGGACACCCAUGAGGGGUCGACAGAUGACGGGCGUGCGCUGGUCGGAGGAGCUUAACUUGACAAAGGCGUCGAUAACAAGAUGCAAGAGGUGCGGAGAGAUGAGGCCAGAGAGAGCACACCACUGCAGGAUCUGCAAGCGAUGCGUGCUGAAAUACGACCACCACUGUCCUCCCUUAUUUGCCACAGGGAUAAAUCAAUGCGUCGGUUUGCAUAACGAACGCCAUUUUGUGCUCUUUCUCAUAUAUCUGACCAUAUCGACCUUGUGCUACUCUGUGCUUGGGUGGGAGCACGCGUGGCGGGCAUUAGGAUGGUACAACGACUCUUGGAAUCAUUAUUCCCCCGAGGUCGCUUUUCUGCUUGAAUAUCUCCUUUCCGUGGUCAUAUUUUUUGCCGUGACCGUCAUGGGCGGCUUCCACCUCUGGGGCAUCGCGAACGCCGAGACGUCGGUCGAAAACCAGGACAAUGAGCACUACCGGAAGGUAGCCCGUUCCCGCGGCGAAGUCUUCAUCAACUCUUACGACCUGGGCAAGCGCAAGAAUCUGGAGCUGUACUUCAAUGUUGGACCGAAUGGAUACCCAUUAUACACGCUCAUAAUCCCACUUCGUCUCGAGCCAUACACCGACGGCAGGUCCUGGGCCCGGCGACCCGGUCUCGAACGUCAUCCGGGAGUUAUGCAUGGCGAGGAACUCACAGACGACGACGAGGAGUGA